UAUUGAGCUAGCUGGCUGGGCAAUGGGCAUGGGAGAUCCCUUCCCUCUUACAUCUCCAAGACUCCAAUCACCCCAAGCACGUGACUCACCACCCAGCAGGCCACCACCCCUUUCGCUCUCUCUCUUGACUCAAUCUUAUUAGUUAUUUACUUCUCUGUUCUCUGACUUCUCUCCCAAACCCACCAAAAGCCCAUCGCUUUCCAUUAAUCCAAAAUUCCAAAUCCGUUAUUAACCCAUACAAACAAUUCUCUCUCUCUUUCUCUACGUUUCCUUGUUUGCAUCACAUCACACCUUGUUCCUGUCGUUUUCUAUAACCACUCUUCACUUGGGCGUCCGCACGCCUGUUUAAUGCCUUGGCCGCUAGUCGUCGUUAGAAUAAUGAUUAGCCACUGAAAAUCGAAUGCCACUGAAGGACAACCCCGUUUUGCGUUUCAAACCGAAUGCUUGGAUCUCGUGCCUGGCGGUUGCAUGGCCCUCAACUUGAAAUGGUUGAGGCUACAAAACAAGUAGGCAUUCAAUUCAAUGAUUUGUGGUUUAAUAACUUCCUUAAACUUUCGUACAUCUUUUAUGGGUUAAGAAGUGUGGCAAAAUGGUUUUUCAUUCCAAGUAUAUAAGAACAUGGAGGAGACACAAGAAGAUGCAGGGCAGGCAACGCAAAGGCCAUCCAGCAUGUCAGCGUGGCCUUCAGAUUUUGCUGGAAAAUUUGGAUCUGUUUCUUUGGAUUCUCAAGAAACCUUAAAUGAUAGUGACUCACAUAGACAUUCUAAUGAAGAUGUCAUGUCACCACAUAAAGCAUCACAGAUUCUCUGGCACACUGGAAUGCUUUCAGAACCAAUACCAAAUGGUUUUUAUUCAGUUAUUCCGGAGAAAAGACUCAAGAAAUAUUUCGAUGAUAUUCCUACUUUGGAUGAGCUUCAGGCUUUGAGUAUAGAUGGUUUUAAGGCUGAUAUCAUUCUUGUGGACACAGAGAAAGAUAGAAAGUUAUCCAUGUUGAAGCAACUAAUUGUGACAUUGGUCAAAGGAUUGAACUCAAAUCCAGCUGCAACGAUUAAGAAGAUAGCUGGAUUAGUUUCUGAUUUUUAUAAGCGACCAAAUGCAGAAAGUCCCGCAAAAGCUGCACUAGAGGAGCCCUCCCAUGUGUUUGAAAAUUGUGGUGUCCAGUUGCUGGGGCAGAUAAGGCAUGGUUCAUGCCGUCCUCGAGCUAUCUUAUUUAAAGUAUUAGCAGACACUGUAGGUCUUGAAAGUAGGCUUAUGAUGGGUUUCCCAAAUGAUGAAGCUGCUGAAUGUAUAGACUCUUACAAGCAUAUGUCUGUGAUGGUUGUAUUAAAUUCUGUGGAGCUGCUGGUUGAUCUCAUGCGUUUUCCUGGCCAAUUGUUACCACGAUCAACCAAGUCAAUUUUUAUGACACAUAUAUCUGCAGCAGGAGAGAGUGAUUCAGCCGAAAAUGAUUCUUGUGAUUCACCAUUGGAACCAAACAGUCCUUUGUAUGGGGUUUCAGAGAGUGUUGAAAGGGAAAACUUUCAGUUCCGAAGAAAAUUUGAAGGGUCUUCAAAUGUGUCAGGCCUCUCCUUGAGAAAUUUGAUGUUACGAUAUCCCAGUCUUGAAAGGAAAAUGAGUUUGUCUCAUAGUGAACCCAACAUUGCAACUGCAUUUGGUCGGCAUAGUAGGAGAAAGGUCAUUGCUGAACAGAGGACUGCUAAUUCAAGUCCAGAACAUCAAUCAUUUCGAGCACACCGGCGAUCCAUGCUUAGCGGUGAUAGGUUAGGAUUUAGAGAUUUUGCUGAUGACCAGAGCACAUCAAGAUCCAGCUAUAGGUCAGAUGGUGCAUCAUCUUCACAAGUUCGCAGGAUACGAAGAAGUGUCAGUGUUACUCCUGAGAUUGGUGAUGAUAUCGUAAGGGCUGUACGGGCAAUGAAUGAAGCACUUAAGCAAACUCGUCGUCUAAGAGAACAUGGGGAUCAUAGUUCUUUGUCCAAUUCUCUGAAUGAUAGAACGAGUGGUCCAGAUCUUCAGAGAAAUCUGUCAAAUUUCCAUGGUCAUGGUGACAGUUCUCAGAAAGCAAUGUCAUUACCGUCUUCACCGCAUGAUUAUAGAGGACAAGCACCUGAGAGAGGUGGGCCAUCUGGAUAUGGAGUGAAUGCUAAACUGGAGUUGACUUGGAAUAAAGUUCUCGAAUCACAAAUGUUCAACAAUAAACCUCUGUUACCAUUUGAAGAAUGGAAUAUUGACUUCUCGGAAUUAACCGUUGGAACUCGUGUUGGGAUUGGGUUCUUUGGCGAGGUUUUCCGUGGCAUGUGGAACGGCACAAAUGUUGCAAUCAAGGUUUUUCUUGAGCAAGAUUUAACUGCUGAAAAUAUGGAAGAUUUCUGCAAUGAGAUAAGCAUUCUCAGCCGGCUGCGACAUCCUAACGUUAUUCUGUUUCUUGGUGCAUGCACAAAGCCUCCACGUUUGUCAAUGGUUACGGAAUAUAUGGAGGUGGGAUCUUUGUAUUUCUUGCUUCAUAUGAGUGAUCAAAAGAAGAAGCUUAACUGGAAGAAAAGGUUAAAGAUGUUGCGUGGCAUAUGCCGGGGCUUGAUGCACAUCCAUCGUAUGAAGAUUAUUCACCGUGAUGUAAAAAGUGCAAAUUGUCUUGUGGACAAGCAUUGGACAGUGAAAAUCUGUGAUUUUGGACUCUCAAGAAUAGUGACAGAGACUCCCAUGAGAGAUUCUUCGUCAGCCGGAACUCCAGAGUGGAUGGCUCCUGAACUCAUUCGAAAUGAACCAUUCACUGAAAAAUGUGACAUCUUUAGUCUUGGGGUGAUAAUGUGGGAGCUCUGCACCUUGAGUAGGCCUUGGGAAGGUGUACCGCCAGAGAGGGUUGUUUAUGCUGUAGCUCAUGAGGGUUCCAGAUUGGAACUUCCUGAAGGCCCAAUGGGCAGGCUGAUAUCAGAUUGUUGGGCAGAACCGCAUGAGCGACCAAGUUGCGAGGAGAUCCUCUCUCGUUUGGUAGACAUUGAGUACUCAAUGUCUUGAUGCAUUGCUUCAUGUCUUGUACAUACUACAUAGUGAACUUGGGUAGAGUUAUUACAUAGGCUAACGUUGUCGUCGUCGUCUUAAUGAAUUUUGUUCUGUUUUUCUCUCAAGAGGCUGGGGAAACAUGUAAUUUGCAUCGGUCAGUCCGUUCCCGGAUUCCCUACCUUAACUUUCUUUUCAACCAAAUCUGUUAAGCGGGGGUAAUAAAGAAAGUUGUGUUCUAUCCUAUUCUCGCCUCAUCUUUACGACAAAUAAGAAAAAAAUAUUUCUGGUCCAGGUCUAAAAGGAGAGAUUCUAUAAUCUUUUACGGAUUAUGUAACUUUGAGAAGUAAUAAUGCCAUUUGGUUUUUUCACAA